AAAAUAAAUUAUCAGGAGACUUCAUUCAAAAUCAUUUUGGCAGUUAAAAGGUUUUAGUACAAAGAUCAUCACGAGUUGGUAGCACAAUCACAUUAAAAAUAUUCAAAGAGUUAAUUAAACAUUGAAAUAAUGUCAGAAUCAAUCAAAUUUGGUCCAGAAUGGCUUCGUAAUAGCUUAAGCACAUCACCUCCAAAGCAGGAAGAGAUAAUUUGCCGUCCAAUCAUGUCUGAAAAUCGAUAUAGCAGAGAAGAGAUGUUGGGAUUGCUUGAUGAACGAAAUUCUAGGAAAUUACCUGAAUUUAUUGUUAAUGGAUCAAGACGUUUACAUACUAAUCACUAUAGUUCACCAAUGGUGUUAACAUCAAGUGAUGACGAGAAACCAGUAAGCAGUGGACAUAGCAGAACUUUCCUUAAUUCUAAUAUUAAACAUGGAUCUUCUAAUAAUAAUAGUAGUAAUUGGCGUAAAGGUGCUAAGGAACCGGAACAAGAGAAUUGGAGGAAUCAAGAUCAUAAGAAAGAAGCACACUACAAUCCAACAUCCAGUAGAAACGGUGAGAGAUCAAAGCCAAAUUGGCGUGAUAAGGGACAUAAUGAUGAACAGGCAUCACAUUAUCCUUAUUCUCCAGCCAAAGACUAUGAAUUUAAGCCACAAGAAAAGGAUGAAAUUUCACCAACAAAAACGAUACCAAAUAAACCACAAAUUACACCAAAACGAGCUGAAACUGUUGAGGAGAAACAGAACCAGUAUGUCUUGAAUAUCGUUUCCGACACAACUACAAAGAAUCUAUUUGAAAAUAGCAUGAAAAGUAAUGAAAUAAAGAAAAUUGAAAAACCCAACAUCCAGUCAAGUUCAAGCAGUACCAAUCCCUGCGAAUUGAACUUUAAGAAGCUUGAAAAUGACAUUCUAAUGGGUUUACAGGAACUAACUGUAGAUGAUGAAGAAAUAAUUGAGAAAUCCAAUGACAAUAAUAAGCAACAAAAUAACAAUUUAAUAUCUUGGUUUUAUGUUGAUCCAAUUGGAAAGAUCCAAGGUCCUUUUAACGCAGACGAAAUGUCAUUGUGGUAUAAUCAUGGAUUCUUCUACGACACACUUAUGCUUCGUAGAUCUAUCGAUAACAAUUUCAUCUCACUUCAUCAUUUAAUUCAAGCUUUUGGGUCUGCACAGCCAUUUGUUAUAGCAUCAACGGGAUUUCCAAUUCCAAAAGUUGAUCAUGUUGACAAUUUGCCUUAUAAGCAGCCUCAAAAAAUGCCACAAAUUAUGAAUCCACAAAAUCAAUUUGAUGCUGCAAUGUUUAGAGGACAAAAUUUAAUGCAACAAUUUCAAGAUCAAGGACAAUAUCAAAACAAUAUCCAGCAGUUCCAACAAAAUAUCCCGCCAAAUUUUCAAUAUCUUCAAAAUCGACCUCCACAACCAAAUAUCCCACAAGUUGAUCCACGACUAAUGACCAUUAAUAAUGGAAAUCCUUACAUUCAGGCUGCUGCUUUUAAUGCUUUAAAUAAUAAUCCAAACAGAAUCCCACAACAAAUUCCACCGCAAAUGAUGAAUCAAAUUCAACACCAGAUGAAGACUCCAUAUCAAGGUCCAAUUGCAAAUCAAUAUUCACAAUCAAUGAUCCAUCAAAUGCCGUCAAUUCUACCAACAAAUCCCAUACAAAAGCUGCUUUUUGAACUACAAAAGCAAAAGGAAAUGGAACAGCAACGUGCUAUAUUUAUGCAGCAUAGUCAAAAUGUGGCAGUUCAGUCAAUGAACGAACAGAUUAUGCAGCAGCAACAGAAUAAAAUUGAAAAUAGUCGUCAAAAUAAGAUCCAGCAAGCUUAUUACAACAAUAUGCAGAACAAGUAUGAGCAAAAUGGCGCUAAUACAUCUUUAAAUGGCACCAAUGCAGCUGUAAACAGCAAUAAUCAAGCCGUGCAACAAAAUAAUAUUCAGCACAUCAACAAUAAUGUUCAACAUAAUAAUAAUAACAAUUUCCAGCAUAAUCAAGUCAUUGAGCCUACACAAGAGCCUAAAUCUUACGAUAUUGGCGAUGAAGGCGAAUUCCGAGUCGUUGGAAGCUUGAGAAGAAAAAAGUUUCAAAAAGAAAAGUGCGAUAAAGCUAAGGAAAAUGGUCCGCAAUCAUCUCGAUCAGCUACAAGGCUUCCAGAAGGGAAAAUAACGGUCAUUAAGAAUGAUUUAAGGGUACUAAAUACAGAUGUUAAGGAAGUCAAGAGUAAUAAUGACAUCAGUCAAAUAAUAAUUAAUCAAUUAAAUAAAGUCGAAGAGAAAUCAAAGUUGCCUACCAUGCCAGCUCCAUGGAUUGAUAAAGUUUUAGUCAAUAAGAAAGAAAGUGAGAAUUUAAAGCGGAUCCAAAUUGAGGAAGAAGAAAUUCGUCAAAUUGAAAUGCAAAUUAAGCGUGAAAAGGAAUUAGAAAAAGCUAAAAAGGAACAAGAAUUAAAGCAGAGAGUCGCUCAAUUGUCAUGGAAUAUUGUAGUAACUGAAAAACCUGAAGAGAAUACAAAGGAUGCUCCAUCGACUAGCUCAAUAAAUAAUACUCGUCAGUCAUUGACAGCUGAAGUUAAGCCUAAGCCAUUAGAAAGCAGCAGCAGCAGCACACAGCAGGAUGUUGAACAUGAGUUUAAGAAUUGGUGUUUGGACAUGCUUAGCAAGAUGGUUACAUCAAUUGACAUUCCUGUCUUCGUGAGCUUCUUAAUCGAUUUGGAAAGUCCAUUUGAGAUUGAAGAUUAUGUCAAGAUGUAUUUGGGCGACACAAUUGAAUGUCAUUUGUUUACACGAAAGUUUUUGGAACGUCGUAGCUUGUAUCGUAAAGCAACAAAGAAAGUGGAAGUUGAUGAUGAUCUUUGUGCACCACCGAAAGCAAUAAAUCCAGGAACGCAUAAUGAAGAGCCAUUUAGAACUCAAUAUAAGAAGAAAUUAGAUAAGAAGACUAGAAAGGGAAUGAAAGUUGCGGAUGCAAAUAUUUUGGGAUUUAAAACAACAGCAGCAUCUAAUCGCAUUGUUGGUGAAUUACAUGAAGAUGAAUAUUAAGAUUUUGAGUGAAGUUUUUUUUUAUAUCUAGUUGAAACUAAGUUGAAUUAUUAAUUUUUAUAGCCACACAUUUAUGAUGAUAUUUUUUGAUAAGGAAUUUUGCCAAAUAAAAUAGAAAGAAAUUUUGAAAGAGA